UGGAUACCUUCCAUGUGGUUUUCCCUCUGCUAAGCCCCCUUUGCAACAACGUCCUGCCGUCAACCGGUCGACCUGUCAACCCCCAGUGGCUUGCUAAACUUCGUUUCCGUCCAAUUUGGGAGGCCGGCCGUUCCGCUUCAUCGAACACCCAUCUACCUACCUGAGUGGUAAAAGCAGUAAUCAUCGUCCAUGUCUCCCCCCACCGAGUUGGAACGGCCUUUCCGCCGCCGCAGUAGCCGCCGCCGUGCUUCCGGUGGUGACGGUAGCAGUGGCAACAGCAACCGUGAGGGCCACGACGACGGCUACCCGGACGGUUACCACGGCAGCAACGAGGAAGCCAGUAUUGACAAUACCCCCAGCUCUCGCAGGCCCAGCCGUCGCGAUCGACGCCCCGGCAUGUCCCGGGGCACGGCACAACCGCGCGUAGGCAAUCAAGGCACUCUUCUCGGAUGUCUUGCCGCCAUUGUCAUGGCGGUCGCCUUUUGGGCCUGGCGUGGUCGGGGGUGGGCCGGGGACCCCCGUGUCAACAUCCGGGUCUCGAAACUCCAACCCCGAGACAUGGACAUAGUCGCUUCUCCCUCCCCGCUUAACGACUUUAUAACCGUUGCCGAAACGGCCAUGAAUGCAUCCCUCCACCUCUUCCUACCCCACCGCACCUCCAACAUCACCUUCGCACUUGACGCGCCUGGCCUACGUCGGGUCGAUGUGGCAUCCUGGCUCCCUAGUGCGCAGGUCCACGUCUGGGUAAAGCCUCCGGAGCGACUCGGACACCACGAAUUGGGGCGGCCACUAAAGGCCGAGCACGCGCCGCUUGUCGUUAGCCUAGCAAACGCCACUCUUACUUUGGAGUUGAUGGAGAAGCUUUGGCCGGUACUCCUCUACGCCGCCAAAGACCUGCUGGUAUCCAGCCUGCCACCCGAGCAUUCAGAUUACCACAGCCUGAAUGAAUCCCUGGCCGAGCCCUGGAAGCCGGAGCUCAUCUCCCUCGUCCGCGCAGAUCAAAUAUGGCGGGACUUGUACAACAUGGGGCGCUCGUGGCCCUUAGACAGCCGUAACUUCCUCCUCGGCCUCGGAUACGACAUCAAAUUGGGGGUUAAAGAACGGACCCAAACGACAAAAGGGCGUAACGGCCGCAGUAGCAGCGCUGGCGCUCCGAAGAUCGGAUCCGCUGAACUUCCCGACCCCCAUGAACUACUGCAAAAGGCCCGUCGGUAUGCUGUCCCUGGCUAUACUCUUCCCAGAUAUCUCGCCAGCCUACGGCCGCCCUCCAACGCGUCGAUCCAGCUUGACAUGAUGCUCAUGUCCCUAACACGACGACCUACCGCGGACCUGGGAUAUCCCAGCGACGCCCCGCGCAAGGACGGGGGCCUAUGGAUGGGGUUCCGGGGGCCGUGUCACGCCGGGGAGCCGCUGAGAGAGACUGCCGAGGGCCGGUGCCGUGGCCCGGGGCGAGGAUACGUGCCCUAUAUGCCCUACCAUUCGACGGUGGAUACGGAAUGUCUGGGCUCUGACUGUAUACCGGCCCUUAGGGAUGCCCUUUGCGACGCCGAGGAGUUCCUAUCCGCUAUGGCGGCAGCCGCCGGGCGGGUCAAGGCGGCCGUGGCCGAGGAGCGCGGCACUAAGUCGCGGCUUGGGCGUCUCUUUGGCCACUUCCACGAAGACGAGACCGAAAAACGGAUUCAGACCCUCGAUCGUGCCCUCGCCGCCUUCCACGCGCUCUAUCCGGCCUUGCAGAUGCAGCGCCGCCUCCUGGCCGGCGUAGCCGCCAGGUUGCAGCAUGCCUGUAUCCUCCAGGAUGCCCUUCGGGACCGCGUCCGCUCGGCCUUGUCGGACAAAUCCUGGUGGUGGGACCUCGAGUGGGACGCCGACAGAAGGAAGGUGGUGCUGGCAUAUGCGAUGCUCCCUGAGAUACAGGAGACACUCGCGCUACUGAAGAACGUGAGCGAUCGGAUCGAGGCGGAAGACACGGCUAUUUGGGAGCUACAGGACCCGAUCAAGCAAGCUGCUAGGCUUCUCAAAACUGAAGUAUCCGCGGGGUGGAUCGAGAGGAUUGGCUUGGGGAACUUGCAGAUGGCAAAGAGGCCGGUGCUUGUGAAACCGAGACGCUACCCACACUUUUAGAUGGAUGACAUACCAAGGGAGGUCGUGUGACCCUGAAGGUGAAAGACGAUUAGCAGUAGCGUUAUAUCAGAUACCAUCGCAUCC